GGAAGAUUCCUGAGCAGAGAUUUUAAUGCUCUGUGAACCAGGCAGAGCAAUUCCUGCAAUUGUCUCAUACAAUUCUAUGUUUGACUGCCAUUUACAUUAUCCUCACAUACAGCAGAUCAGGGGAUCUUUUUGCAGAAGCUUCAGGACAACCUACUGAACUGUUGAAAGAGCCCAAUAAGCAUUCCAACAUGUGGGUGCAAAGCCUGAUGGCCCUGGUCCUCCUGUCUACUUCUGCUUCAGCUGCUACCUCGGCUUCACCAAAGAAAGUCCUGAGCAAACAUGCCACCAUCCUGGCUGACAACAGUGCAAAGUUUGCCUUCAGUCUCUACCAAAAAAUGGCUAAGGAAAAGGACGUAGAAAACAUCCUGAUCUCCCCUGUAGUGGUGGCCUCCUCUCUGGGUCUGGUUGCUCUUGGGGGCAAAGCCUCCACUGCCUCUCAGGUGAAAAACAUUCUGAAUGCGGCUAAAGUCAAAGAUGAUCAACUACACUCUGGUUUGGCUGAGCUCCUGUCUGAGGUGAGCGACCCAAAAACCCGCAAUGUCACCUGGAAGAUCAGCAACCGUCUCUAUGGACCCAGCUCCGUCACCUUUGUGGAUGAGUUUGUCAAGAGCAGCCAGAAGCACUAUAACUGUGAUCACUCCAAGAUAAACUUCAGAGAUAAGAAGAGCGCCGUGAACUCCAUCAACGAGUGGGCGUCCAAGUCUACUGACGGCAAACUGUCCGAAGUUACCAAGGAUGUGGAGAAGGCUGAUGGGGCGAUGAUCAUCAAUGCUAUGUUUUUCAAACCUCAUUGGAACGAGCAAUUCCAUCAUAAAAUGGUGGACAACCGUGGAUUUGUGGUAUCCCGUGGCUACACUGUUUCAUUACAGAUGAUGCACCGUACCGGUCUCUAUGGCUUCCUUGACGACAAAACUAAUAAGUUAUCCAUCCUGAGCAUACCUCUGGCUCAUAAGAAGUCCACUGUGGUGUUCUUUAUGCCCCACCAUGUGGAAUCUCUGGAAAGGCUGGAGAAGCUGCUGACCCAGAAGCAGCUGGAUAAGUGGAUGGGCGCGCUGAAGCAGACAGCAGUAGCUGUGUCUCUGCCCAAAGUCAGCAUGGAAGUCAGUCACAACCUGCAGAAACACCUCGGGGAGUUGGGCCUGACAGAUGCUGUAAACAAAUCCAAAGCUGACUUUUCCAACAUGUCUGGGAAGAAGGACCUCUACUUGUCCAGUGUGCUCCACGCCUCAGCCCUGGAAUGGGACACUGAUGGAAACGAAAUGGACACGAGCAUCUUCGGCACAGACAAGCUGAAAGACCCCAAACUGUUCUAUGCAGACCACCCUUUCAUCUUCCUCGUGAAGGACAAGAGCACCAAGUCAAUCCUCUUCCUCGGCAGGAUGGUCCGGCCAAAGGGUGACAAGAUAAGAGAUGAAUUGUAACCAUAUAAAGUAAAGCUUAACGGUGUGUGUAUUUUUUGUCUAUAUGUUUUAUUUCGCACUAGAGCAGCGGUUUUCAAAGUGUGAGGCGCGCCUCCCCUGGGGGGCCCCAGAGAGCUUCAUGGAAGGCGCAGCGUGAGACAAAAAAUAACGAGAAAAAGACGAGUAAAGUGACACUUGCCCACUUUUGGCUGUCUGUGGAGACCGAGUUCCCCCACCUCGCCAAAAAGGCUGUACAAGUGCUCAUUCCCUUCACCUCCACCUACCUGUGUGAGUGAGGGUUUUCCGCAUUGACUUUGAUCAAAAGCAAGUGCCGGUCAAGGCUGCAGCCAGAGGAUGAUCUGCGUUUAUCCCUGUGUGCAUCAAAGACGCAGACUCAUAGUUCCCACUAAAGUAGGGGUGAGUGUAAUAAGGAGGCAAAGUUGACGUUCAGUGUGUUGCCGGGAGCAUAUAAGGAUGUAUCUAUGAUGUUGAAAAUGUUAAAAAUGUUAAAAAAAUAUGUGUUGAGAACACGGCGUGCAAAAAUAUACGGGUCGUGCUGCAGCUAGAUUUGCCUGUCCUCUGUAAGAAGGUGUCGGCGACUGACAUGCAAGGAAGAACGGCUGUCCACAGGCUGUUCCAACUUUAUUAACUUCCAGGGUAGUGAAUUGAACAUGCAAUUGUAAUUGCGUGUGUGGUAUAUUUUCAUGCACGCACACGCAUGUUCCACAACACACAAACUGAACAACACUCAAUUGUCCGAUCGCUACCAGUGUCCUUGCGAUCUUGUUAUAACAACAAGUGCACGUUACUGAUGCAAUAUGGUAUUCGGGCUUAUUCUAGAGGGGUGCAAGGAAUAGUCCAAGUAGUGGGGGAGUUUUAUACAAUAUGUUUAAAACAUAAAGAUAAAAAAGUUAUUGUUUAAUGUUUUAAGGAGGUGACGCUACUCAGCCAAUCAAAUCGGUGCAGUCAGUGAGUCAGCACAAUAGAUUCAAACACACACACACAGAGACAGACAAGACAAGAGGAGAGAAAAAGUAAUAAUAAUAAUAAAUUAUAUUUCUCUAGCGCUUUUCUUGAACCCAAAGACGCUUUACAUUUGGGAGGGAGGGUAAACAAACAAAAAAAGUAAAACAGUAAUUUCAAAUGGCGGAAGGUAGACAGCGAAAACAGAGCAUUUAAUGACAUUUUCUCUUACUGGACCUCUUUGAAAUGCAAUUGAAUACCCCUGCAUUGUAGCAACAAUAAUAAUAACAGCAAUAAUAAUUGGGAGGGGGGGCGCGGCUGUUCUUAUGUUCUCUGAGGGGAGGCUCACCUUCCCACACUUUGAAAAUCCCUGCACUAGAGCAUUCCUUCACAUCACAGGCCGACAGCAUUCCACAACACACGGCUAAAGAGAUGUGUUUAAACCUUUCAUCCUGUGUUUGGUUAGCAAAGCCUUUUGCACACCAGAUAUCUUUUUAUCUUGAUGAGUAUUUCAUAUCACUAUAUGUCCCAUUUUAGUUUGCAUUGGCAGCACACUACGCACUGAAAACUUAAUUCAAUAGGAUCAUCAUGAUUAUUGCAUAAAAUGUAAAUGCAUUGGUAUUGUGCCAGCACAAAAAUUGUCUCACUCUUAAUAUUUUUUUGUAAAAGCUGUACAAUAAUCUUACUUUUGUAGAGCUGUGCGGUGUGAUCCAAAAAGUUUGUAAAGCACACUGCUUUUUUAUGUGUCAACUCCAAGGACGUUUCUCGUACAUCCUUUGCACUGCUUUCAAACAAAAGUUCUACAAUAUUUAUAUUUGACCAAGAGGCUGAAAUGCUAUUAUAAGGUUAUUGAUCCUCUCUGGAUGCACUCAUCUAAACUGGUAAACAAACCAAAUUGUGACCAAUUUAAGACUUAUCUAUAAAACAAUUUUUCUGCAAAUGAUUUGACAGUUUCAAACUUGAAUGGCUUUACACUGUUACAAAUGUCCAGUUUUUGCAAUAAAAGUAUAUAUAUAUAUACAGAAAAA